UGUCACCCUUUGCUAACAAAGCUCACCCACGAUCCUUAGAACGUGCUCCUCAAUCCUCUCCCUCUCCCUCGUUAACCAACUUCAAUUUUCAACUUUAGGUCUCUUUUUAAGUCCAACGUGACGAACCCAUUAUUAUACGAAGAACACUUUCACUCUUUGGCAGCAAGAAAUCACACACACUACACUAAAGAGAGCAUCUUGAAAUCCAAAUAUGGCUGUUCCCUUCAAAGCCUCAUACCCACUUUUCCUUUGCUUCAUUCUUUUCUGUGGCGUCAAUUGCACUGAGUUUGAAGUUGGAGGCCAUGAAGGUUGGGUUGUCCCAAAGACAAAGGAUAAUGCUCAAAUGUUCAAUCAGUGGGCAGCCCAAAACAGAUUCAAGAUUGAUGACACUCUUCUUUUCAAGUACGAGAAAGACUCGGUUAUGGAGGUGACUGAAGAAGAAUAUGAAAAAUGUGUAUCCACUCGUCCCCUCUUUUUCUCCAACAAUGGUAACACUGUGUUCAAGGUUGACAGACCAGGGUUGUUCUUCUUCAUCAGUGGUGUUCGUGGUCACUGUGAGAGAGGGCAGAAGAUGAUCAUCAAGGUCUUGGAUAUUGAGGCAACACCCUCACCCCAAUAUGAAAAUGGCACUGCACCAAAGCCACAUUCAAAAAGUGGAGUUGCUGAACUUACUCCUAUGAGGAUCAUGACAGCGUCCACAGUUUUUGUUAUGGCAACAUUCUUCCUUCAGCUUUAUGUUUGAUUCUUGUGUGUUAUCACAGUCCUAGGUUUAUUUGUAGCAGUUUCUUUGUUUAUUUUGGUCAUGUGCUAGUGUUGGAAGGAUUGGACUUUGUUAGUAGUUAAUGUUUGUUGGGGUUAUAAUGUUUUCCUUUUUGA